GCUGAUUAACAGAUCAACAAAUCUAAUCAACUGUCAUCUUAAAUGUACUCAGACGCAGUUGAAAACACUUGCUAUCAGUCUCGUGCUUAGCUUUAUUUAUAGAGGGCGUGCUGUACUGGUGCUUGUCCUGUCCUUCACCUUGACACCAGACGACCACCACUCUUGACAGGGGGCACAUGUGAACAUGUCGGAAGAUAAACACAGGUCCGAAGAUACAAAAUAUGAGGGAUUUUUUACCAACAAAGAUGGGAAGAAGAUAUUUUGUCGAUACUGGAGCGAAGAGGAAGGAUUGACGAAACCAAAGGCUUUGGUUUUCAUUACCCAUGGUGCUGGGGAACACUGCCUGUGGUACACUCAGCUGGCACAGCAGCUCACCCAGAAGGACCUGUAUGUCUUCUCACAUGACCACAUCGGCCAUGGACAGAGUGAAGGUGACAGGGUGCACAUCGACCACUUCUCUCAGUACACCCGAGAUGUGUUCCACCAUAUUGAACUCAUACAGGAGAAGUUCCCCGCCGUUCCAGUCUUUCUUAUUGGACAUUCCAUGGGAGGCACUAUUGCAAUCAAAUCAGCCAUGGAGAGGCCUGAUUUCUUCAAAGGGGUCAUCUUAAUCAGCCCUGCUGUGAUCCCAGACCCAAAUGUGGCCACCCCAGUCAAGAUCACUGUCGGGCGAUUGGUUGGUCGAAUGUUUCCCCAGUUCCCGAUCAUCAAACUUGACAGCAAGAAUGUUUCUCGGGAUCCUGAAGUGGUACACAAGUAUGAUACUGACCCCCUGGUGUAUCAUGGCAAGCUCAAGGCAAGAUGGGGCAGCGAGAUGUUGGCCACCCUGCAGGACAUCACGUCCAAUCUGGGCAGUGUGGAGUGGCCCUUCAUAGUCCUUCACGGGACCGAAGACAAGAUGUGCGAUCCAGCGGGAUCAAAGCUGCUGCAUGAGAAGGCCCAGAGCAAGGAUAAGACUCUCAAAAUUUAUGAAAACUACAUGCAUCAGCUGCACAACGAGCUUGGUGAAGAUGGAGCAGGUGUCCGUGAUGACAUCAUCAACUGGAUCACACAGAGAAUGUGAUUGGUUGAGCUGACAGUUACACUGUUUAUCACCUGGCGAGGAGGCCAUUUAACUGACCUCAGUCCUGAAAUGGGAAGUGACUAAUUUUAAAGAAACCCGUUAACAAUUUGUUAUACAAAACAUGGUAUCCUGUGCAUGACAUGCUUUCUGUGUCAACUUGCUAACAGGGUUAUGUCCCAUGGUCCUGUGGACAGAACAAUGCAUCCAAACCUGUGAAGAUCUGGGUUAGAAUUGGUCUCAGUAACCCAUGCUUGUUGAAAGAGGCGACUAGCGGGAUUUGGUGGUCAGGCUCCCUGACUUUGUCAACACAUGCCAUCGUCGUAUCUCGUAGAUCGAUGCUUAUGCUGUUGGUGACUGGAUUGUCUGGUCCAGACUCGAUUUUUUACCAACCCCCGCCAUAUAGCUGGAAUAUUGCUGAGUACGGCAUUAAUCAACCAAUCAACCAACCAACAAACAAGGCAUCCAACCUCGUGUCUGACAUAUAUCAGAGUCUCGGGUUCGAUCCUUAUCAGGGCCGGUGGGGUAGUCUAGUGGUUAAAGCGUUGGCUCGUCACACCAAAGACCUGGGUUCGAAUCCCCAUAUGGGUACAAUGUGUGAAGCCCAUUUCUGGUGUCCCCCGCCGUGAUAUUGCUGGAAUAUUGCUAAAAGCGGCGUAAAACCAAACUCAGUCAGUCAGUCGAAUCUUAUAAGAACAUUUCAUGGCGUCUCCACAUAAAUCAGAGUUAAUGAAAUACUGAAUUCCUGAUAAAGAAUUCCUUGAAGUAUUGGAUUAUUGAGUACUGUUAUAGAUAUAUGUAUUACGGUACACAGAUAUCACGUAUUACAUAUAUUUUUUUGCAUGAAAUCAAGCAUAUUUUACAGCUCAAUUCCAUAAUGUCCACAGAGAGCUCCUACAUCAAGAUAUUUUUUAUACAUAUAUGUUUCAUAUUGAUUGGUGGCAUGUUUUUAAUGAACGGAACACAUUCAAACAGAAACAAUAUUGUUCCAUCACCUUGCUGAGAUGAACUGUUUGGGGGGUAUGUUAUUAUUACUCAUGAUAAGCUCUCAGUCAGUCACGGUCGGUGGCAAGUCAGCUGAUUGGUUGUUAGUGCUGAAAUUCUUGAAGCAUAAUGUGAUGUAUAUUCAGGUUCAAUAGCUUGAUUAUUACAUUGCCUUCCAAGCCUUAAAAACAAUGAGGUGGGAGGCUUCAAUUUUGAUGUUUUUGUUAUUUCAAAAUAGCUUUUUAAUGGCAAGCUUUUAUUAGUGGAAUGGUCGUUUAUCGUUGUUAAAGGAAUAGAAGUGUGUCCUGAAAUCUGAUUGGUUGAAAAUGCUGCUUAUUUUGAAAUAUUUCAGAAUUUGGGUUCUGUUCUUGAUACUAGUAUGUGCCUUUUUCAGUCCCAAAUUUGAAAAACAUGCAAUUAGCCUUGUCAGAGGCGAUACUAGGUUAAUUACCUUUUAUGUUGGAUCAACAAUUGUCAGAAGUACUUAAAUGUAGUCAGGUUUUCUGCUCAUUCAGCUAACAAGACAGGUUCAGUUAUCAUGGAAACAUGUGACAUUGUCCAGUGUAUAAUGAUGUCCGUGCAUUCCAGGGGAACGUUAUCUCUGUUUCACAGCUGUGAGUGUUAAUGUAGGGUUUAAAAGUUCAAAUGUAACUUUACAACAGCAUUAUUUCAGCCAUAUAGUAACAGUGUUCAGGUAGAAAGACUGGUACAGUAAAUGAUGGAUAACAGUUGUAUUUCACAAUGUCCAUAAACAACAUGUUUUCUGAAUUUUAAUUUGAAUUUGAAUUUGUCACUGAAUUUGACCAAAUGGAAGUUCAAAUUUCACCUGUCAUUCUAGUAUAGUUAUAGCAUCUUAGAGGAGAUUUAAUUUUCAUUUAUAGGACCAGUGAAAUGCUUUAAUGCUUCUUUCUACUAUUUUAUUGAUUGCAGUUUUAUGGCAGAAUAGGUAUUCUGUUGUUUACCAUAUCGUGUGAGUUUACUCCAGUUUACACAUGCUUACUACAUCAAAGACCAAGUGUGUUCAGAUUAUUCUUGGUGUGUUGUGAUCUGCAGGACUCCUGAGAGGCACCACUCCGACAAGAUCUGUGUGACAUAGUCUCAGUAUUUUAUGUUGUGUUUUCACCAUGGCCCUGUUGCACAAAGGUUAGCGACAAAAGUGAUCGUCACUCCGAUAUCAGGUGUUUGAGUGGCAUUUAGAAGGGAUACACAUAAGGAUGAGAGGUUUUAUGGAUGUCAACUUCUUCAUUGUGAGGAACACAACGAAAGGAUAUACUCCGAAACCUUGUGUUCCUCAUAAUAAAGAAGUUGACAUUCGUAACUCGAAUAGUUACAAGUCAUACUGCUACGAUUGCAUUGUGCACGGGGGCCAAGGUCAUUCAGCUGAUCAGUAUUUUCACGAUUACUUAAGGUUUUACUGAUGUUUUUGUGCAUGCUGUUGUUGGCUUUUACAAUCUUACAUCCCACACCUUGUAUCUACAGAACCUAAACUCUGCUCAAAACAAAUGAUAAAAUGAAUUGAAAUGUAAAAUGUUUGAAUGUGUUGAGUGUUAAAUGCCUUCUGAUAUUUUUGUAUCUUGAACCAAGAAUUACUGAGAGUUCAUGUUGGCUGUCCCAGCCCAGUUGUUCAUGUGAAAACCUACAUAUUCAUAUCGACCUAUCAAAUAGAACUGGCUUAUCACAUGCGCUAUUUUUGCAUGCUUUUACACAUACCCUAUAAGAAUAUUUUUGUAUCUCCUUGACAGAUUUGACAUCAUAUUGUCGAUUCAAAUAAUUGUUACAUCUUUACGAUGAAGCUUGUUUGCUAAGUAGAACUUGUAUCCUUCUUCAGCAUUUGUCGCAUGUGAUACAGUAUUUUCACCAUUUAUUUUAGGUGUAAUUUUUUCACCCAUUUCCCACCAAAGCUUUGUAUUUGAAGUCAUAAUAUCCAUCUCUAAUCUUAGCACAGUAUUUCUCUCGCUCACAAGCUUGAUAUCAACAUCAACAGGCAAUGAAAAUGAUUUUUCUGAACAAAACUGCUGCCUUGAUAAAUUUAGUUAAGUUAGAGUAUUGUUUUGAAACAAAUAUUCUUAUGAAUAUCUUUUUGAUACAUUCAUGAUAUUGGAAGUUGUUAUACUAUCUGGCACUCCAGGUUGUAUUGGACACGUAUAUAUACGCUAUGUGAUAUAGCUGCUUGUUUCUAUCAUGGAAGACCUAAUUUGAUUGUACAGCUGUUUAGUGUCAUGCAGUGGCAGUUGAAUGGAGACACAAUAAACAUAUAAUCAAGUACAAGGAUCGAUGAAUAUUGUCUAAAAUGUUCUAAUGACAUGUAGUUGUGUGUGAUGGUCUGUGCACUUUGAUACAAGUCUGCAACCCACCUCUACCUCUGUGUUCUGUGUAAAGACAAGAAUUCUCAUUUUCAGUUGAUAUUGACAGUGCCAGGUUGGAAAGCAGAACAAAAGUGUGUCAUAUAGCUGUUACAAGUGGAUUGUUCUGUACUGUUCCCGUAUUUGUUCAUAUUAUGUGUUCAAAGAGGAGGAUGUAUAAUGAUAAUAAUAAUAAUAGUUCCAUUUGUAUAGCGCUUUUUCACACAUCUGUGUACGCUCAAAGCGCUUUAUACAUGAGUGAAUGUUACGAUCACCCAAAGUGUUUAAAGAGGAGGAUGUACCUUACAUUGUUGGAUGUUUCAAUCACCCUCCGACACCACUAAAACAAUGUUAAGGUUCACCCAGUUAUACCAUAGUACUGUAGGUAAUAUGUCAUUGAGUGGUCCCCAUCGUGAUAUCGCUGGAAUAUUGCUAAAAGCGGCGUAAAACCAUUCUCACUCACUCAUUAUUUUUGCAUGACAGAUUGACAACAAUAGUAUGAGAAAUCAGAUGAUCCUCAGUUCAUUUUUUAGUACAAAAUUAUGAAAAGAUUAGUUUUAUUUUCUUCUUCGUGAUCCUCUGGAUAUUAAGAUGAAAUCAGUAUCUCAGAAGGACUUUUCAUGGUGCACCAAAUGAGUUUUUUGUAUAUUCCAGUUGUAUCUUUUCUUUUGUAUUUUAGUGUGUUUGUGUGUGUAUGUGUAUUUAGGGAGUUGUUUGCAUAUUCUAAAAUAGCUUUUACUUACUGAAUUUGUUUUCUUUUAAUACAUUGUAGUUUUGUAUUCUUUCAGUAUUGUGAAAGAUUCAUGUACCGCAAACUUCUGGUGGCUGUGUCUUGUCAAACAGGUUUGAACUCUGUAGUUCCAGAUUAACCAGUGUAGAACAAUCUGUUAGCUAUUAGAUGGGUCUCAGGUUCAAGUCCAUUGGGCAUAGAGUGAAUGUUAUUUUAUGCCGUAACCAUCAGCAUUCAAACUACAUCUUGUUACACAGUGGGCUUGGGAUUUAGCAUUAAGAGGAAAUAUUUGAUAAUCAGUCCCUCUGUAUUUGAAGAAUUGCAAUUAUUCUCAAUGUAUUAAAAAUGUAUUUAAAGAUGUUUGUUAUUAUUAUAGGUAACAUUAUUAUAUCCGAUUAUAAAAUAAAAAACAGCUUCCAAUGUGAAGCUUCCCUUCCAUCCUUCACUAUCAUCACUUUGAUGAUCACACACCAUAUGGACUUUAACCACUAGGCUACCCCAAAGCAUUUGCUCGUCACAGCAAAGACCCAGGUUCGAUACCCCACAUAUGUACAAUGUUUAAAACCCCUGCUGUAAUAUUGCUGGAAUGUUGCGAAAAGCGGCGUAAAACUAAACUCACUCACUCACCUGGAAAGAUUGGGCCAGACCAGGAUUUCCUGGUCAAGAGGUGUGUGUGUGUUUAGUUUUAUGCCACGUUUAGCAAUAUUCCAGCAACAUCACAGCAGGAUGUCAGGUUUACCCUAACAUACUGCGAGCUCAAUUAUUUCAGGGAAACAAGAAAAUAUGCCUCUCAAUUAACACAUCUACAAGGUUCUGCAAGCAAAGUAUUUUUUGUCAAUACCUGUACACACUUAUGUUGUCAUUAUUUUUGACAGUUGUUGCAUUGCUGGUCAUAAAGAUAUUUGGUCAUAAAGAUAUUUGAUCCUAAA